CCCCCCUCCGAUUGUGCAUGAAUGUUAGGUACUCGAUGGCUUGCUUUCUCCCAACCCUCUGCUUCGGUUGUGCGAUCCCGUAGUGGUGGCGAUUAAUGGCGGCGGCAGGGACGCGCGGGGCGAUGGUGGUCGGAGAUGAAGGUGAUCUGAAGGCGACCUUCCGCCAGGUCUACGGUCGCCUCAAGUCGGAGCUUUUCGAAGAUGCCGCCUUCGACUACACCGACGAGGCUCGUCAAUGGAUCGACAGGAUGCUGGACUACAAUGUACCUGGAGGCAAGCUGAACCGUGGAAUCUCUGUCAUUGAUAGCUACAAGUUGCUUAAAGAAGGAACCCAACUCAGUAAUGAAGAAGUCUUUCUUGGAUGUGCCCUUGGUUGGUGUAUUGAAUGGCUUCAAGCAUAUUUUCUAGUCCUUGAUGAUAUCAUGGAUAACUCACACACUAGACGUGGUCAGCUAUGUUGGUUUAGAGUUCCUAAGGUUGGACUUAUUGCUGUAAAUGAUGGAAUCCUACUUCGCAAUCACAUUCCUCAGAUUCUUAAAAGGCAUUUUAAGGGAAAGCCUUACUACGUAGAUCUCCUUGAUUUGUUUAAUGAGGUUGAGUUUCAGACAGCUUCAGGGCAGAUGCUGGAUCUCAUUACUACUCAUGAAGGAGAAAAGGAUUUGUCCAAAUACACGAUGACAGUUUACAAUCGUAUCGUGCAAUACAAAACUGCCUAUUAUUCCUUCUAUCUACCAGUAGCGUGUGCACUGCUAUUGGCAGGUGAAAAUUUGGACAAUUUUGUUGAUGUGAAGAACAUUCUUGUUGAAAUGGGCACAUAUUUCCAAGUACAGGAUGACUACCUAGAUUGCUUUGGUGAUCCUGAAGUGAUCGGGAAGAUUGGAACCGACAUUGAAGAUUUUAAAUGCUCUUGGCUUGUAGUUCAAGCUUUAGAACGUGCUAAUGAGAGCCAAAUAAAAUUUUUGUUGGACAACUAUGGAAAAUCUGAUCCAACUUGUGUUGCAAAAGUGAAAAGUAUCUAUAGAGAUAUUGAUCUCCAGAAUGUAUUUUCCGAGUAUGAGCGGACCAGUUAUGAACGACUUAUAUCUGCAAUUGAAGCCCUGCCAAGCAAAGCAGUUCAGGAUGUUUUGAAGUCUUUUCUGCACAAGAUCUACAAGCGGCAGAAGUAGUUCCACUGACUUCUGGUGAUUUUACCUUGAUUUGUCAUUGUAGCUUGACUUUUGUAUCUUGUCGUGCUAUGCUUUUAAUGAAACCAUGUUCAUUAUAACCA